AUGUGCCCUCUCCUCGUCGGGGCUUUUAACCCUCAGUUUGGAGCUCUCCUCGUGGGGGUUUUUAACCCUAAGUUUGGAGUCUUCAAGGCAAUGUGCCUCUCCUCGUCGGGGCUUUUAACCCUCAGUUUGGAGCUCUCCUCGUCGGGGUUUUUAACCCUCAGUUUGGAGUCUUCAAGGCAAUGUGCCCUCUCCUCGUCGGGGCUUUUAACCCUCAGUUUGGAGCUCUCCUCGUCGGGGUUUUCAACCCUCAGUUUGGAGUCUUCGAUGCUCUUAUUGAAGUCUUAUUUGUGUGCUUCGUUGAGACUUAUUUGUAGAUCUUCGAUGCUCUUAUUGAAGUCUUAUUUGUGUGCUUCGUUGAGACUUAUUUGUAGCUUCUUCGAUGCUCUUAUUGAAGUCCUAUUUAUGUGCUUCGUUGAGACUUAUUUGUAG